CAAGCGGCUCUUCAAUAGUAAACGCACAUAACAACUAAAGCAAAACAGCUAAUGGAGAUGUAGAUAUGGUAGCCCCUGAUAAUCACCAGCUUUUUCAGCCAUGUCAAUGUAUUGCUCUCAAAACUUAAAAACCAUUUUCAGCAAAAAAUCCAUAGUAAUUUCAAGAACCAUCAUAUCAUUGCCAUUUUCCACUUCAUCAAACUUAACCACCGCAAUUCUCAAUGCCAAGAACCCAACCCAAGCAAUGCAUAUCUUCAAUUCAACACCCCAAAAGGAUCUUACACUACACUCAGCCAUUGUUCAUUACUUAACCAAAGCAAGAUUGUAUCUUGACGCCAGGUGUUUGAUAAAAUGCCUCACUGAAAAUCUUGGAAAAAACAACAACCCAAGAAAGGUUUGUUCUUUAAUUUUCAAUGCUCUUGGGAAAAUAGAAUCUGGGUGUGGGUCUAAUGUGUUCGGGGUGUUGAUUAUUGCUUUAUGUGAAAUGGGGUUUGUUGAUGAUGCUUAUUUGGUGUACCAAAAAAUGGGAAAGUUACCAUCUUUGCAUGCUUGUAAUGCCCUUUUAGAUGGGUUUGUUAAAAUGGGAAAGAUUGAAUUCAUGUGGGAUAUUUAUAGAAAUAUGGUUUCUAUUGGGUUAUGUCCUAGUGUAGUGACAUAUGGAGUAUUGAUUGAUGCUUGUUGUCUGAAAGGUGAGAUUUUGAAAGUUAAAUUGCUAUAUGAUGAGAUGGGUGAAAAAGGAAUAAAACCAAAUGUUGUGAUAUUCACCACUUUGAUACGCGGGUUUUGUAAUGUGAAUAAGAUACAGGAAGCUGAACGGAUGUUCGCGAAAAUGUGGGAGAUUGGAGUUUUGCCUAAUCUUUUCACUUAUAAUACUCUAAUGGAUGGGUAUAGCAAGAAGGCCGAUGUGGGAAGAGGUUUUCAAUUAUAUCGAGAAAUGCUGAAUCAUGGAAUUCUUCCGAAUGUUGUUACUUUUGGGAUCUUGAUCGACAUGCUUUGCAAAGUGGGUGAAGUGAUAGCAGCAAGGAACUUGUUUGCAUGUAUAGUGAAGUUUGGGGUAGGCCCCAAUUUGUUUGUCUAUAAUUGUCUGAUUGAUGGCUGUUGCAAUUCAUAUGAUAUGUCGAGCGCACUGGAAAUGUAUUCUGAGAUGGAAAAGCUUGGUAUUUCUCCGGAUGUUGUGACUUAUGGUACACUGAUAAAGGGUCAUUGUACUCUUGGGGAAGUGGAGGAAGCAGAGAAGUUUUUGCUGAAAAUGGACGCAACAGGGGUGGUCGUGAACUCUGUGAUUUAUAAUCAGCUGAUUGAUAGGUAUUGCAAGGAUAGAAAUAUGGAGAAGGCUUUGGCAUUGUGUUCUCAGAUGAUAGAGAAGGGUGUCCAGCCCGAUGUAGUCACCUUCUCUAUAUUGAUAGAUGGUUUUGGCAAGGUAGGGAAUCUAGAAGCGGCAGUGGGUGUCUAUACUGAAAUGGUUAUUAAAGGGCUGAAGCCCGAUGUGGUUGCUUAUACAGCUUUGAUUGAUGGUCACUUCAAAAAAGGAAACACAAAAGCUGCUCUAAGGCUACAUAAGGAGAUGAUGGAGGCUGGAGUUGCUCCUAACACUUUGACUUUUACUUGUUUGGUUGAUGGAUUUCUCAAGAACGGAAUGAUUAGUGAUGCAAUCAAGUUUUUCUUGAAAAUAAGCAGUUCUAGAUCUACAGGAGUCGACGGAGACUUCAGUAAUGGUGUUCUUUCUUUCCCUAACAAUGUUACUUAUUCUGCCUUAAUCCACGGUUUAUUAAAAGAUGGGCAGUAUUUCAAAGCUAAUAAGUUUUUCGUGGAUCUACGACGUAACGGUCUGUAUCCAGAUUUACCUACUUAUGCCAUGAUGAUACAACGUCAUUUUGAGGCCAGGCGCAUAACUCGUGUCAUGAUGCUAAAGGCAGAUAUGUUAAAGACUGGUUUUAUGCCUAAUCCUUGCAUGUGUAAGGUCUUGCUCAAGGGCUACCAAGAUAUGGUUGAUCUCAGCUCAACUUCUAAGUGUUAUGAGGAAUUAAAAGAUUUAGGUGUGGUUUGUUCCAAAGCAUCUCUAAUGCAAAGCCUCCAGGAUCACGUAAAUAGCAGUGCCCUGUUGACUUAACUAAUUAGUAUGCUAGUGGCAUCCUUGUCUGUAAAAUUCAGUAUCUUCUGAGAACCGCCUAACCUUUUGAUUCGUGUUGAUUAGAUGAGUAUCCCUGGGGAGCUAUCAAUAUUGCAAUUAGGGGAAAGUGCGAGGAGCAACCUCAAACUUCUAGAUUGGAGCAUCACAAAGGCUCAGGUGUCCCAUCGGCUUAGCAGUGUAGCUGGAAAUGUGGAAUAUGCAAACUUUCAUAGCCUUCAGUGGCCACUAUCCUGCAGAGGCUAUGGCACAGGAUGACUGUGGAGAAACUGAUAGUCUAAACGUCAAGCGAAAGAAACAUCAACAUGCAGUACCCGGCAUUCAAAGAGUUGUCCGAAAGCUGAUGCUAUGGACUGCUAUGCACAACCAUUAAGAGGUAGGAAAUGCAGAAUUUCAUUUCCUUGCAGGCACAUAAUCGCGGGCCUCCUGGCCUAAAUUGUUUUAGCAUCACUGGUAUUUCAGCACAACCCCAGUUGGUGACAGUCAAUAUGGUGGGAAUUUUGUUCAAACAUAAAUCACGUUUGGUCUUACAAUCAAGGAGAAAACCAUAGAUCUUGAUGAUACUUCAUAGCCAAGGCAUUGUUAAGUUAAAAUUAAUAACUCUGUUCAAGUCUGUGCAGCUAGAGCUGAUUUUGAAGCUAAGCGCGGACGGAUGUAAAUGGCUUGAUACUUUCAUUCACUUCUUUGAGAAAGAUGGUUCUAAGA